AUGAAGCAACGAGCGCCAAUCGGGUGAGUUUUAAGAUUCUAUUUUGGGAAUUUAUCUGAAACUAAUUCUCUAUUUUUCAGGCCUCUGUUGCAUUUGGCUAUAUUAGCCCUGUUAGCAGUUAGCUAUGUACAAUCGGUGAGUUAUCCUAAUUUUUUGUUGUUGAAAUAUUUUUCCUAAUUUUUUUUCUGAAAUUUUAUUCGUAAAUUCUACUAUCAAAAUUUUCUGAAGCUGAAUAACAUUCCAUCUGACAAUUUGGAAUUUCAAGAAUCCAUUAAAACAAAUGUACAUAGUUAUGAAAAUAAAAUUGGUAUUACGGUAGAUAAAAAAUGUAAAUGAGUUUAUCAAUAAACAUUUUUAGAAAUCAGGAUUUUACUAAACUGUUAAAUUAAAUGUACUGUGAAUUGAUUUGGUUUUGUCUGCAGAUUACUGUAUUAAAAAUUGUUUUCUAAAUUUUUAAUCAAGUUUAUGAAGUGUCCUGAUUUCAGAUGUUUUUUGGCAAAUAGUCUACUGUAAAGAAAAUUUUGAGUUUCUCUGUUAAAAAAUUUUUUAAUGAAAUUACCGAACUUUAAAAAUUUUUAUUCUGUAGUUAACGAUCAUUCUGUGUAUUUAGCGUUGAAAUUUAGGGUCAAAUUCAUGAUUAAAUUAUGUUUUUUUUAAAUUUAUUGUCGAAGACUUAUGAUAACGAUUUCAAAUUUUGUAGCGAAUGACUGUGUUUGAAUGUGAAUCAAUUUUCAGUAUUUUUUUCAUAUUGUAUCAGAUUUCUCACAAAUUAUUUACUAUUCAUUCAAAAUCUUUUUUGGUUGACUAAAAUAUGUUUACAUUCAAUUCUUUGAGAGUUCAUAAUAUUAAAAAAUGCUAUCUUCUCUACCUGUCCAGAAAAGAUUGACUGGAAAUUAUUAUUAUUAAAUUUUAAAGCACAAACCAAAUUCUUUUCAAAACAACUCAUCUGAACUGUGAAAGCUUUUCCUAUCUUCAUCAAAAAAAUUUGUUUUUCAGCAAGCAACGUGUAGAGAUUGUUCAAAUCGAGGAUGUUUCUGUGUUGGAGAAAAAGGUUCAAUGGUAAGUUGAUAACUUAUUUCAAUCAUCAUCAAAAAUUUGCAUUAUUUAUUCAUUUCUCACAAAAAGUUCUAAUGAUCUUCUUUUCUCAUCUUUUUCGAUUUCUUCUUUUCAUCUCCACCACCACCUUUUUGUAACAGUUGGAAACGGGGUAGAAAAACGCAGAAAAAGAAAGAGGACAGCAGCAAAAGCAGCAGCUGUCAUUCUCAAAUACACACAUAUUUCGUCUAAGACUAGUCCAAUCUAAUACAUCUCCUGGGUCAUCCGAGGUCACAACAAUUGCCACUAUCAUACAUAAUCAAUUGACAGAUCAUUUUGUGAAAAAUUCUAAUUUCGAAACUAAACUUGCACUUGAUUGAUCGAUGGGCACAGGGAACAUUUUAAAUCUAAAUUUGAUUUCAGGGAGCACCAGGGCCACAAGGACCUCCAGGAGCAUCUGGAAUUCGUGGAUUCCCAGGACCUGAAGGAUUAUCUGGACCAAAAGGACAAAAAGGAGCUCAAGGUAAAAAAAAAACAUCUGAAAAAAACACAAAAAAUAGCUGAAGGAAAUUUGAGAGACACAUGUGUUCGUUUUGACUUGCAUUCAGUAAUAAAGUGCAUUGUGUUCUCAAUUACUUCCUCCGCGUUGUGUAAAAAACACAGAGAAAAAAAACAAAUAUAUUUCAGGACCACCGGGACCUAUUGGAACUAAAGGAGAUCGCGGAGCCGCUGGAGUUCCCGGAUUCCCAGGAAACGAUGGAGGCAACGGAAGACCAGGAGAGCCAGGACCACCAGGAGCACCUGGAUGGGAUGGUUGCAAUGGUACCGACGGAGCUGCUGGAAUUCCAGGACGACCAGGACCUCCAGGAAUGCCAGGUUAGUAAACACAUAUUUUGAGAUGAAAUUCUUAUGAUAAAUGUUACAGGAUUCCCUGGACCACCGGGUAUGGAUGGAUUGAAAGGAGAACCAGCUAUCGGUUAUGCUGGAGCACCAGGAGAGAAAGGAGAUGGCGGUAUGCCAGGAAUGCCCGGACUUCCAGGAGCACCAGGACGUGAAGGUUAUCCUGGAGAAAAAGGAGAUCGAGGAGAUACUGGAUUGGAAGUGAGUUUGUUUAAAAAAUUAUGGAAAGGCUCCUCUCCUUUUAAAAGAUGUAUUAUACAAUUGCCUUAGAGCCUUAUUAAUUCAGAGAAUUUGAAGUUCAAUGCAAAACACUUAAUUCUCACUUCAAUGUUUGCAUUUAAAAUAUAGAGAAUUUAAAUUUUUUUUGAAAAUAAUACCCACAGAAUUUAUGAACUCUUCAUGUGUUCAUUUUCAGUUUUCUUAAUAUGCCCUUCAAAAGUUUCCUCUCCCCUCACACUAUUAAACUGUUUCAGGGACCACGAGGACCACCUGGAGAAUCUGGAAUGCCAGGAAACCCAGGAAUCGGAAGCAUCGGACCAAAAGGAGAUCCUGUGAGAUAUAAUUUUGAUAAAAAAGCACACACAAAAAUUGAAAUGUACCGGAGACACACACCCACACAUUUUUUGACUUUUUUGCACAAACCUGCACCUUUUCGCACCAAAUUUUGUUAAAUCAAUUAAAUUCUUAAUUUGUAGGGUGAUAUAGGUUCGGCCGGACCGCCAGGACCGCCAGGUCCACGAGAAUUUACCGGUUCUGGCUCAAUUGUUGGGCCAAGAGGAAAUACUGGAGAUAAAGGAGAUAAGGUACUGUGAUUCAAUCUUUUUCAUUUUAUAGGGAGACAUUGGUGGUCAAGGGCCACCGGGUCCACCAGGUCCAAUCGCGUCUACAAUGUCCAAAGGAACGAUUAUCGGUCCUAAGGGAGAUCUUGGAGAAAAGGGAGAGAAGGCAAGAAACGAAAUGUGUAGCAAAAAAAAACACAAAGCUUCACUAACUUGAUAGCUAACCUUUUCUACUAUCAGCUAUUUUUAUGUUUAGAAAAUAACUAUAAUUUAGUUACUAAAAUUAAUGCUUCCUUCUCAAAACUGCUUAACUUCUCCAAAAAUUAGACUUGCUCCAGACGCUUUGCAUGUUGACCUGUUGCCUUGGUUAUUUAACAAUCUGAUUUCUAAUCUUGUAAUUAUUUUAGGGAGAACCAGGAGAGGCUGGACAACGAGGUUAUCCUGGAAAUGGCGGGAUCCCUGGACAACCAGGAGUUCCAGGAAUAAAAGGAGAAAAGGGAUUGUCUGGACCAGCUGGACCAAGAGUAAGUUUUUUUAAAGAUUAUGUGUUGAAUUUCGCAGAAUUUAAAAAAGUCCUCCCACAAAACAUACAUAAUCUAUUCUUCAGGGAAAAGAAGGACGACCAGGAAAUGCUGGCCCACCAGGAUUCAAAGGAGACCGUGGUUUGGAUGGACUUGCCGGAUAUCCAGGAAGCCCUGGACAAAAAGGAGAAGCCGGAUACCCAGGAAGAGAUGGACCAAAAGGAAAUUCUGGACCACCAGGACCACCAGGAGUAUGUUUUUUUCUGAUUUUGAAAAUUAUUUUUUCUAGAAGACAAUAAAAGUUUUAAAGCUUUCAUACUCAAAAAUAUGACUUUCUAGGGCGGCUCGUUCAACGAUGGACCACCAGGACCUCCAGGAUUGCCAGGACGACCAGGAAAUCCGGGGCCACCAGGAACUGACGGAUUCCCGGGACAACCAGGACCAGCUGGACCAGUUGGAGCACCAGGAGGACCAGGACUUCCAGGAUACCCAGGAAACGAAGGAUUGCCAGGACCAAAAGGAGACAAGGGAGAUGGCGGAUAUCCAGGAACACCAGGAGUUGCUGGACCACCUGGACUUCCAGGAAUGACCGGACCGAAAGGAGAACCAGGGUAAGAUAUUCAGAAUCAUAACAUUUAGAAAAUUUCAAACUUUAGAAAAUAUUUUGAAACUAUCACAAUGAAACCUUCGAAAAAAAAAAUUAACAAAAUUCAGAAAUUAUUUUAAUCUUAUAUACGACUCCUGAUCAUUCCCGGAACGAAGAAAUCAAUAAAACAAAAAACCAAUGAAAAAUGCAUAGGUUUUCAUUGAAAAAAAAACUUUCAAAAGUAUUUCCACAGAGAAUCAUUUUCAGACAACAAAAACUCAAGAACAUACAUUUUCGUAUCUUUUUUGUCGGUACUGUACAUUUGAAUUAAUACAAUAAUAUUUUCAGAGCACGUGGAACACCAGGACAAAGUAUCCCUGGACUUCCAGGAAAAGACGGACGACCGGGACUUGAUGGAGCCCCAGGAAGAAAGGGAGAAUCUGGAUUGACUGGAGUUCGUGGACCACCAGGAGAUUCGCUCAACGGCUUGCCAGGAGCACCAGGACAACGAGGUCUUCCAGGUCCAAAAGGAUAUGACGGUCGAGAUGGUAUCAAUGGAUUGCCAGGAGCACCAGGACACAAGGGAGAGAAGGGAGGAACCUGCUCUGCUUGCGCUCCAGGAUUCAAGGGAGAGAAGGGAUUGCCAGGAUAUCCAGGACAACCAGGUCCACAAGGAGAGCGCGGUCUUCCAGGAACACCAGGACCAGCUGGAGAUGGCGGAGAAGAUGGCUUACCAGGACCAGCUGGACGACCAGGAUCACCAGGACCCCCAGGUCAAGAUGGUUUGCCAGGAGUACCAGGACAAAAGGGAGAACCGACACAAUUGAACUUGCGACCAGGACCACCAGGAUAUCCAGGAGUGAAGGGAGAAUCUGGAUUCCCAGGACAACCAGGGCUUGAAGGACUUCCAGGAUCACCGGGACCAGUCGGUCCACCAGGAACACCCGGAUAUCCAGGAACUAAAGGAGACGCUGGAUUACCAGGACUCCCAGGAAAACCAGGAGCUGACGGGCUUCCAGGAAUGCCAGGAGCUAAAGGAGAAGCCGGAUACGGACAACCAGGGCAACCAGGAUUCCCAGGACAAAAGGGAGAAUCUGGAUUCCCAGGAUUGCCAGGAACACCAGGUCUUCAAGGAACACCAGGAUUGCCAGCACCGGAAAAUCAAGUCAACCCAUCCCCACCAGGAACACCCGGAAACCCAGGUCUUCCAGUGAGUUUUUUUUUCAUAUCAUAUGAUAUUUUCAAAGUAAUAGCGCAAACUUAUUUGAAUAGACAGUUUUCCAAUGAAAAUUCAAUUACAUUUCGAUUAUUACUAAAUUUGUGAUAUUUUCCUAGAUCUCUAAACAUCAAUGCACACAAAUCUAGAUAUUUCUAUAAUCGAUAAAAAAACAUCAAAAUUUUCAAAAGUUCAAAAGUACUGUUUCAUAUAAAUAGUGUUACAACUUGCAGUCCACCCUCAAAUUCCAUCAGAAUUUAAGAUCGAUUUUCACGAUAUUUUAUGGGAAAAAUCUUUAAAUUCAGGAGUUUUAGUUGAAAUUGAAGAUCUUAUUCUAACUUCAAGCAAAAAAAUCAUAAGGAGAUAUUCGAAAUUUUCAGUAGAAACAUUUUUUUUAUUAGAAAAUAGCAAAUUGACAAACCAUAAAACUCAAAAAAAUUGAUGUAUCACACCGUUACAUUUUUGAGUGUUAGGUAACGAUUUUUCGAAAAAUUUUUAAGCAAAACGAUUCUGAUUAUCCAACUUUUGUAGCACUAGUUAUGAAAAACCCUGUAGUAUCUAGAAACUGUACUUUUUAAUUAUUUUUGAUAAUCAUUGUAGCUUAUUGUAGAUAAUAAGCUAAUUUAUUGAAAUAAUCUUAAAUCUGAUAUUUUUCAGGGAGUGAAAGGAGAAAGCGGAUAUCCAGGACGGCCAGGAGAGGGAGGACCACCCGGAUUCCCAGGACUUCCAGGAUCAAAGGGAGAUUCUGGAUUACCAGGACCACCAGGUCUUCCAGGAUCAGCAGGAUAUCCAGGAGAAAAAGGUAUCGCUGGAUUCCCAGGACAACCAGGACCAGUCGGACCAAAAGGAGAAGCUGGACAACCAGGAUUGCCAGGAUAUCAAGGAGCUAAAGGUGAAGCUGGAAUCGGAUAUCCAGGACAACCAGGAGCACCAGGAUUCCCAGGAAUCAAGGGAGAUGCUGGAUUCCCAGGACUUCCAGGACAACCAGGACUUGAAGGACAACGUGGAUUCCCAGGAGCACCAGGAUUGAAGGGAGAUGGUGGUUUGGCUGGUCUUCCAGGACAACCAGGAUUCCCAGGAGAAAAAGGAGAUGCCGGACUUCCAGGAUUGCCAGGAAGAGAAGGAGCACCAGGAUAUCCAGGACAAGAUGGACUUCCAGGAGCACCAGGAUCGAAGGGAGAUGAUGGACUUCCAGGAGUUCCAGGAGUUACCGGAUUGAAGGGAGACUCUGGAUUACCAGGAACCCCAGGAGCACCAGGAUUGCCAGGAGCACCUGGAUAUCCAGGAAUGAAAGGAAACAGCGGAAUUCCAGGAGUUCCAGGAUUCAAGGGUAAGAUUUUUUGAUAACCUAGAAAACCAACAAAAACAUUGUGCAAAAAUUAGGCCAUACUUGAAUUCAACGUUUUCCUUGACAAAUUUCCUCCAAUCAUUUCUCGAAAAAAAUUAGAAAUUCCUAAAACUUGUUUUAUGACAAUCUUUCACUAUGAAUUUAUCAGAAUGAUUUGGCUUAAAAUAAUGUUGAUGGAUGGUGUUACCGUGAAAAGUUACAUUUUCCAAGGAUCGAAACUCAGAGUUUCAAUCUUCGGAAGGUUGUCACAAAACAAGUUUGGGCAAAUUCUUUUUUUAUUGUAACAGGAAUAAUCGCGUUUUUAUAAAAAGUCACUUCUAAAUUUUCAGGAGAGAAUGGAUUGCCAGGUUUGCCAGGAGCUAUCGGACCAAAGGGAGAACUUGGUCUUGCUGGACAACCAGGAUUCCCAGGACAAAAAGGAAACAGUGGACUUCCAGGAGUUCCAGGCCGAGAUGGACUUCCAGGAGCACCAGGAUUCAAGGGAGAUCGUGGAUUCAACGGAUUGCCAGGAGACAAAGGAGAACCUGGACCGGCUGCUCGUGACGGACAAAAGGGAGAAUCUGGUCUUCCAGGACAACCAGGUCUUCGUGGGCCAGCUGGACCAUCUGGACUUCCAGGAGCACCAGGACUCAAGGGAGAAGCUGGACUUCCAGGAUAUGGACCACCAGGAGUGCCAGGAGAAAAAGGAUUGGCUGGAAUUCCAGGAAAAUCUGGACGUGUCGGAGCACCAGGACUACCAGGACAAGAUGGCCUUCCAGGAUUCCCAGGAGUCAAGGGAGAUAGCGUAAGUUUAUUACUUCAAACCUGAACUUUGAAAAAAAACAACACGUUUUUCAGGGUUUCCCAGGACAAGACGGAUUGCCAGGACGUGAUGGACUUCCAGGAGCACCAGGCUUCAAGGGAGACAUCGGAGCCGCUGGAGAGCCAGGACUUCCAGGAGCCCCAGGAAAUGAUGGACUUCCAGGAGUACCAGGAAUUCGCGGAGACAAGGGACAAUCUGGGCUUCCAGGGCUUCCAGGAGACCGUGGAUUGGAUGGAGCUCCAGGAUUGAAGGGAGAUUCCGGAUAUCCAGGACAACCAGGAGUACCAGGACUUGCUGGAGAGAAGGGAAAUGAUGGAGCACCAGGAUUCCCAGGAAUCAAGGGAGCACCAGGAUACCCAGGACAAGACGGACUUCCAGGAGUUCCAGGAUCAAAGGGAGACUCUGGAUAUCCAGGACAACCAGGACGUGACGGACUUCCAGGAGUGCCAGGAGAAAAAGGAUUCUCUGGACAACCAGGAUUGCCGGGAGCACCAGGACAAUCAUUCCCAGGACCAGUCGGGCCACCAGGACAACCAGGAUUGCCAGGAAAAGAAGGAUACCCAGGAGUUCCAGGACAAAAGGGAGAAUCUGGACUUCCAGGAUUACCAGGAGCUGGUGGAUUCAAGGGAGAAGCUGGUUUGCCAGGGUUCCCAGGACAAAAGGGAGAUCUCGGACUCAACGGACUUCCAGGACAACGUGGAGAAAAUGGACUUCCAGGAGUUCCAGGAAGAGAUGGUCUUCCAGGAGCACCAGGAAUUAAGGGAGAACUUGGAGCCAACGGUUUCCCAGGUGCACCAGGAGCCCCAGGAGUUCCAGGACUCAAGGGUAAGUCUGGCUUGAAUUUCUAACUCUAUUGAAAUUCUCAAACUGGUUUCAAUUAAUAAUUGAUUUUUUAUUUCAGGAGACAGUGGAUUGCCAGGAUUCCCUGGACCAAAGGGAGAUUCAGGACUCCCAGGACAACCAGGAGUUCCAGGAUAUGCUGGAGAGAAAGGAGAUUCUGGACUUCCAGGGUUACCAGGAAGAGAUGGAUUACCAGGAGCUGAGGGACCAGUUGGACCACCAGGACCAGCCGCACCAGAAAAUAUUGUUUCCCCAGGAGAAAAGGGACUUCCAGGUCUUCCUGGAGUUCCAGGACUCCGCGGAGAGAAGGGAACCCCAGGACUCGACGGAGCUCCAGGAAACGACGGCCCACCAGGUCUUCCAGGACAACGUGGAAACGACGGUUUGCCAGGAACACCAGGAUAUCCAGGAGAAAAGGGAGCCUCAGGACUUCCAGGAUUCCCAGGAACUGAAGGAUUACCAGGAGGCCCAGGAGCCCCAGGUUUGCCAGGAUCGCCAGGACCAGCCGGUCCAGCUUAUCGUGACGGAUUCGUUCUUGUCAAGCACUCGCAAACCACCGAAGUUCCAAGAUGUCCAGAUGGUCAAGUCAAACUUUGGGACGGAUAUUCAUUGCUCUACAUUGAAGGAAACGAAAAAUCCCACAACCAAGACCUCGGUAAGUGUUUAUACUAAUCGAGGUGUUUUCUUUUUAUGAGUGCGCGAAUUCAAAUUCGAAAUUUUACAGGACACGCUGGAUCCUGCUUGCAACGAUUCUCAACAAUGCCAUUCUUGUUCUGCGAUUUCAACAAUGUUUGCAACUAUGCUUCAAGAAACGAUAAAUCUUACUGGCUUUCCACCUCUGCUGCUAUUCCAAUGAUGCCAGUUAAUGAGCAAGAAAUCGAACCAUACAUCUCAAGAUGUGCAGUUUGUGAAGCUCCAGCUAAUGUUAUCGCUGUUCACUCUCAAACUAUUCAAAUUCCAAACUGUCCAGCUGGUUGGUCAAGUCUCUGGAUCGGUUACUCCUUUGCUAUGCACACCGGAGCUGGAGCUGAAGGUGGUGGUCAAUCUCUUUCUUCACCAGGAUCGUGUCUCGAAGAUUUCCGUGCUACUCCAUUCAUUGAAUGUAACGGAGCUCGUGGAUCGUGCCAUUAUUUCGCCAACAAAUUCUCAUUCUGGCUUACCACAAUUGACAAUGACACUGAAUUCAAGGUGCCACAAAGUCAAACUCUCAAAUCGGGCAAUUUGCGCACACGUGUUUCAAGAUGCCAAGUUUGUGUCAAAUCAACUGAUGGUCGCCAAUAA